AUGGCAUCAAAACUUCUCACAAGAGCAACACCUCUUCAAAGCACUGCAUUUCGCCAUGCCAAGACAGCACUUCCCAUUGGACUAAGACAUUACGCUUCUGGCAAGAAGGUCCCUGUCAACCAAUACAGUGCCAACAUUACUCAACCCAAGAGUCAAGGUGCUUCCCAAGCCAUGUUGUACGGCACUGGUUUGACAGAAGAUGAUAUGAAUAAGGGCCAAGUCGGUAUUUCAAGCGUCUGGUACGAGGGCAAUCCGUGCAACAUGCAUUUGAUGGAUCUUGCUGCCAAGGUCAAGGAGGGCGUUGAAAAGGCUGGUUUGAUUGGUUAUCGCUUCAACACGAUUGGUGUCAGUGAUGGCAUGUCCAAUGGCACUGCUGGUAUGAGUUAUUCGCUCCAAUCACGUGAUAUCAUUGCCGAUAGUAUUGAAACUGUCAUGUGCGGUCAAUGGUACGAUGCCAACAUUUCUCUUCCUGGUUGUGACAAGAACAUGCCAGGUUGUUUGAUGGCCAUGGGUCGUGUCAAUCGUCCUUCGCUUAUGGUGUACGGUGGUACUAUCAAACCCGGCAAAGGCUGUGGCGGUGAGACUCUCGAUAUUGUUUCAGCUUUCCAGGCCUAUGGUCAAUAUGUGUCAGGCGAGAUAGAUGAGACCAAGCGCUUCGACAUUAUCCGUAACGCAUGCCCUGGUCCUGGUGCUUGUGGUGGUAUGUACACUGCCAACACAAUGGCAUCUGCUGCCGAAGCCAUGGGUAUGACUUUGCCUUACAGCUCUUCCACCCCUGCUAUCUACCCUGAAAAGCUCCAAGAAUGUCUUGAUGCUGGCAAGGCGAUCCGCAACUUGAUGGAGAACGACAUCAAGCCUCGUGAUAUCAUGACUCGUGACGCUUUCGAAAACGCUAUGGUGUUGACUAUGGCUCUCGGUGGAUCCACUAAUGUCGUCUUGCAUUUGAUUGCCAUUGCUCGCAGUGUUGGUAUCAAUUUGACUUUGGAUGACUUCCAGGCUGCUAGUGAUCGCACUCCUUUCAUUGCCAACUUGAAGCCAAGUGGUACAUACGUCAUGGAAGAUGUUCAUCGUAUUGGUGGUGUUCCUGCUAUCCUCAAGUACUUGAUGGAAGAAAAGAUGAUCAAUGGUGAUGUUUUGACUGUUACUGGAAAGUCGCUUGCCGAGAACUUGCAUGGUUUGCCUGGUUUGCCACAAGGACAAGAUGUUAUUCGUCCUCUUUCCAAUCCCAUCAAGUCAAGUGGUCACAUUCAAAUCUUGCGUGGUAACCUUGCUCCUGAAGGCUCUGUGGCCAAGAUCACUGGCAAGGAAGGUCUUGAAUUCCGUGGAAAGGCUCGUGUCUUUGAAGGCGAGGAGUCAUUCAUUGCUGCUCUUGAGAACCAUGAAUUCAAGAAGGGUGAAAAGACUGUCAUCAUCAUCCGUGGUGAAGGUCCCAAGGGUGGUCCUGGCAUGCCUGAAAUGCUUAAGCCUACCAGUGCUAUCAUGGGUGCCGGUCUCGGUAACGAUGUAGCCAUGUUGACCGACGGUCGUUUCUCUGGUGGCUCUCACGGUUUCAUUGUUGGCCAUGUUACCCCUGAAGCUCAAGUGGGUGGUCCCAUUGGUUUGGUAAAGGAUGGUGAUAUGAUCUCGAUUGAUGCUAUUUCCCGCGAGAUGAACGUUGAGAUCUCAGACGAUGAGAUGGCCAAGCGUAAGGCUGAAUUUGUUGCUCCUCCUCCAAAGUACACCCGUGGUACCUUGGCACGCUACACUAUGACCGUCAAGAGUGCAAGUGAAGGUGCCGUCACUGACGAGUUGUAA